AUGAUUCCAGCCUAUCGCCACUCAGUAUCUUCUGUGAUUCCUCUAGAUCUUAAUGAAGAUGAAAACCAUGUGAACUUCACUCCAACUCAUCAUGCCUACUCUUCUUUUUCUUCUCUAUCAUCUUCAAAUCAUGUUCCCUUCAACCCUCCAGAUCAAGAAGCGGGAUCACACUACUGGGAACCAACAAAGCACUUACCAAUUCAUCAAGAGGCUGAGAAGAUUAACCCUACCAUGGGAUCAUGGGAUCACUCGGUGGCAGAAAGUGAGCUCAAGGUGACAGUUUGGAAGAAAAAAGAGAGGAGUGAAGAUCAUGAAGCAGCUGCUGAGGAUGGUUCGGUGAAGUGGAUGACUUCAAAGAUGAGAAUGAUGCGGAAGAUGAUGACGAUGCCGGAUCAAACUGGUGCAUAUAUAGAAGAGAAUACUAUGCACAAGUUUGAAGAUCAGAAACAACCAUUGUCGCCGCUUGGAGCUGAUAACAGUAGCAGCAACAACUAUUCAAACCACAGUAAUAACACUGUUAGGGUUUGUGCUGAUUGCCACACCACCAAGACCCCUCUGUGGAGGAGUGGACCAAGAGGCCCCAAGUCACUAUGCAAUGCCUGUGGAAUUCGACAAAGGAAGGCGAGACGAGCCAUGGCAGCUGCGGCAUCGGGAAAUGGAAAAGUAAUUGUGGAAGCUGAGAAAUCUGUGAAGGGAAACAAGUUGCAGAAGAAAGAGAAGAAGACAAGAAUUGAGGGUGCACCACAGAUGAAAAAGAAGCGCAAGCAUGGAGUUGGAGCAAAGGCAUCUCAAAGCAGAAACAAAUUUGGUUUUGAGGAUUUGACAUUACGCCUAAGAAAGAGCUUGGCUAUGCAUCAAGUUUUCCCUCAGGACGAGAAGGAGGCUGCGAUCCUUCUCAUGGCUUUAUCUUAUGGCCUUGUUCAUGGAUGA